UUGGUUCCAGGGGAGGAAUGACACCAGCAUUCCUGAGCUCUCCUUGUGUUUUCUCGCAGAGCAGGGAGGGAAGGCAGACUCCGUGAUCUCCAUGCUAAGCACCAGCCUGCCUGCUGCCAGUUCUCCCUACUUCUGCCAGUGAUGACAUUCAGCUUGCUCCUCCACACAGGAUACAGCGCUGCUUCCUCAUUAUGUAAGGCAGUCUAGGUCAAGUGUAGGAGAGACACUGCUGGCCUGAGCAGGCUGCUGGAUUGCUCCCUCAGCUUCAUGGGGUCUGGAAGCUGGAUCCUGAUCUUUGCUACAUCAUCUUGGUAUUUUCCUAUGCAGAAGAAUAAAUGGUAAUUAAAAUGUGCAGGAUGAAAAGAUGGAGCAGUCAGUGCUUGUACCACCAGGACCAGACAGCUUCCAAUACUUCACUAGAGAGUCUCUUGCAGCUAUUGAACAGCGCAUUGCUGCAGAAAAAGCCAAGAAUCCUAAACAAGAUCGUAAAGACGAUGAUGAAAAUGGGCCAAAACCAAACAGUGAUUUGGAGGCAGGAAAAACACUCCCCUUCAUAUAUGGUGACAUACCUCCAGGAAUGGUGUCUGAGCCCUUGGAAGACAUGGACCCAUAUUACAUCAAUAAAAAAACCUUUAUAGUAUUGAAUAAAGGGAAGGCCAUCUUCCGAUUCAGUGCCACCUCUGCCCUGUACAUUUUAACACCCUUCAACCCUCUUAGAAAAAUAGCUAUUAAAAUUUUGGUACCUACAUUAUUCAGCAUGCUUAUCAUGUGCACUAUUUUGACCAACUGCGUAUUUAUGACCAUGAGUAACCCUCCAGACUGGACAAAGAAUGUAGAGUAUACAUUCACUGGCAUUUACACAUUUGAGUCACUAAUAAAAAUCAUUGCAAGGGGCUUUUGCUUAGAAGAUUUUACUUUUCUUCGAGAUCCAUGGAACUGGCUUGAUUUCACUGUCAUUACCUUUGCAUAUGUGACAGAGUUUGUGGACCUGGGCAAUGUCUCAGCGUUGAGAACAUUCAGAGUUCUCCGAGCUUUGAAAACAAUAUCAGUCAUUCCAGGCCUGAAGACUAUUGUGGGAGCCCUGAUUCAGUCAGUGAAGAAGCUCUCAGAUGUGAUGAUCCUGACUGUGUUUUGUCUGAGUGUAUUUGCACUGAUAGGGCUGCAGCUGUUCAUGGGCAACCUGAGGAAUAAAUGCCUCCAGUGGCCUCCAGAAAAUUUUACUUUGGAAAUAAAUAUUACCUCCCAGCUAAACAGCAGCAUAGGUGAAAAUGGUACAUUGGUUAAUUCAACAGUGACUCCGUUUGACUGGAAGGGGUACAUUGAAGAUGAAAGUCAUUUUUAUUUUCUGGAAGGGCAAAACGAUGCUCUGCUUUGUGGAAAUAGCUCUGAUGCUGGGCAGUGCCCAGAAGGAUAUACUUGUGUGAAAGCUGGCAGAAACCCCAACUAUGGCUACACAAGUUUUGACACCUUCAGCUGGGCUUUCUUGUCACUGUUUCGGCUAAUGACUCAGGACUUCUGGGAAAAUCUCUAUCAAUUGACUCUUCGAGCUGCUGGCAAGACAUACAUGAUAUUUUUUGUUCUGGUGAUUUUUCUGGGCUCUUUCUAUCUGAUAAACCUGAUCCUGGCUGUUGUCGCCAUGGCCUAUGAAGAGCAAAAUCAAGCAACCCUGGAAGAAGCAGAGCAGAAAGAGGCAGAAUUUCAACAGAUGCUGGAACAACUGAAGAAGCAACAAGAAGCAGCACAGGCAGCAGCAGUGGCAGCAGCAGCAGUAACAGCAUCUGCAGAGUCCAGGGAGCCCAGUGCUGGAGGAGAAGCAGGAGGGCUCUCAGAAAGUUCCUCAGAUGCAUCAAAAUUGAGCUCAAAGAGUGCAAAAGAGAGGAGAAAUAGAAGGAAAAAAAGGAAACAGAAAGAGCAGUCUGGAGGAGAGGAAAAAGAUGAAGAUGAAUUUCACAAGUCUGAAUCAGAAGACAGCAUCAGAAGGAAAGGUUUCCGAUUGUCUAUUGAGGGCAAUAGACUGACAUAUGAAAAGAAGUAUUCUUCUCCACAUCAGUCUUUGCUGAGCAUUCGUGGCUCCCUGUUUUCCCCAAGGCGCAACAGCAGAACAAGUCUGUUCAGCUUCAGAGGUCGAGCAAAGGAUGUGGGAUCUGAAAAUGACUUUGCUGAUGAUGAGCACAGCACUUUUGAAGACAAUGACAGCAGAAGAGAUUCUCUGUUCGUGCCGCGCAGGCACGGCGAGCGGCGCAACAGUAACAUUAGCCAGGCCAGUCGGUCUUCCAGGAUGCUGGCAGUGUUUCCAGUGAAUGGGAAGAUGCACAGCACUGUGGAUUGCAAUGGGGUGGUUUCCCUGGUUGGUGGACCAUCUGUUCCCACAUCGCCUGUUGGACAGCUUCUGCCAGAGGUGAUAAUAGAUAAACCAGCUACUGAUGACAAUGGCACAACAACAGAACCAGAAAUGAGGAAGAGAAUAUCAGGUUCUUUUCACGUUUCCAUGGAUUUCCUGGAAGAUCCAGCUUUAAGGGAAAGAGCCAUGAGUAUUGCUAGCAUCCUCACAAACACUGUGGAAGAACUUGAAGAAUCGAGACAGAAAUGUCCACCAUGUUGGUAUAAAUUUGCAAAUAUUUUCUUGAUCUGGGACUGCAGUCCACAUUGGUUAAAAGUGAAGCAUAUUGUCAACUUGGUGGUAAUGGACCCAUUUGUUGACCUGGCUAUUACAAUUUGCAUUGUUUUAAAUACACUCUUCAUGGCUAUGGAACAUUAUCCGAUGACCGACGAGUUCAAUAAUGUACUUUCAGUUGGAAAUCUGGUCUUCACUGGAAUCUUCACAGCAGAAAUGUUUCUCAAGAUAAUCGCAAUGGAUCCUUACUAUUAUUUCCAGGAAGGCUGGAAUAUUUUUGAUGGUUUUAUUGUAACACUUAGUUUGGUUGAACUUGGUCUUGCAGAUGUGGAAGGACUAUCAGUUCUUCGAUCAUUCAGAUUGUUGCGAGUUUUCAAAUUGGCAAAAUCUUGGCCAACCCUAAAUAUGUUGAUAAAAAUCAUUGGUAAUUCCGUGGGGGCUCUGGGGAACCUGACCCUGGUGCUGGCCAUCAUUGUGUUCAUUUUCGCUGUGGUUGGGAUGCAGCUGUUUGGGAAAAGCUACAAGGAAUGUGUCUGCAAGAUCUCCAGUGACUGUGAACUUCCUCGCUGGCACAUGCAAGAUUUUUUCCACUCUUUCCUGAUUGUAUUCCGAGUGCUGUGUGGAGAAUGGAUAGAAACAAUGUGGGACUGCAUGGAGGUUGCAGGCCAAGCCAUGUGCCUUACAGUCUUCAUGAUGGUCAUGGUGAUUGGAAACCUAGUGGUACUGAAUCUAUUUUUGGCCUUGCUGUUGAGCUCAUUCAGUGCUGACAACCUGGCUGUGACAGAUGAUGAUAAUGAAAUGAACAAUCUCCAGAUUGCUGUGGCAAGAAUGCAGAAAGGCAUAGAUUAUGUGAAGAGAAAAGCACGUGAAUUCAUCCAAAAAGCCUUUGUUAAAAAACAGAAAGCUUUAGAUGAAAUCAAACCUCUUGAAGAUUUAAACAACAAAAAUAGCUGUAUUUCUAACCAUACAACUGUGGAACUAAGCAAGGACCAUGACUAUAUUAAAGAUGUAAAUGGAACCACCAGUGGUAUAGGCACAGGCAGCAGUGUAGAAAAAUACAUAAUUGAUGAGAGUGAUUACAUGUCAUUCAUAAACAACCCAAGCCUCACUGUGACAGUGCCCAUUGCUGUGGGUGAAUCCGACUUUGAAAAUCUAAACACAGAAGAAUUUAGUAGUGAAUCAGACCUGGAAGAAAGCAAAGAGAAGUUAAAUUCAUCCAGUUCAUCUGAAGGCAGCACAGUUGAUAUUGGACUUCCUGCAGAAGAACAACCAGAAGCUGAACCUGAAGAAGCCCAGGAGCCAGAGGCCUGCUUCACAGAAGGCUGUGUGAGAAGGUUCAAGUGCUGUCAAGUAAGUAUAGAAGAAGGGAGAGGAAAGCAGUGGUGGAACCUUAGAAAAACCUGCUUCAGGAUUGUUGAACACAACUGGUUUGAGACUUUCAUUGUCUUUAUGAUUCUCCUCAGUAGUGGAGCUCUGGCUUUUGAAGAUAUAUAUAUUGAACAACGUAAAACUAUCAAGACCAUGCUGGAAUAUGCUGACAAAGUCUUCACUUACAUCUUCAUUCUGGAAAUGCUGCUGAAGUGGGUGGCCUAUGGCUACCAAACAUAUUUUACUAAUGCCUGGUGCUGGCUGGACUUCCUGAUUGUUGAUGUCUCUUUGGUUAGCUUAACAGCAAAUGCAUUGGGUUACUCAGAACUUGGUGCCAUUAAGUCCCUUAGGACACUAAGAGCUUUGAGACCUCUAAGAGCUUUGUCACGAUUUGAAGGCAUGAGGGUGGUUGUGAAUGCCCUUUUAGGAGCAAUUCCAUCCAUCAUGAACGUGCUUCUCGUUUGUCUUAUAUUCUGGCUAAUUUUCAGCAUCAUGGGAGUAAAUCUGUUUGCUGGGAAGUUCUACUACUGUGUUAACACCACAACUGAUGAAAGGUUUGAAGUCGACCAGAUCAACAAUUUUAGUCAGUGCGAGGAACUCAUAAAAAACAAUCAAAGUGCCCGAUGGAAAAACGUGAAAGUAAACUUUGAUAAUGUAGGAUUUGGGUAUCUUUCUUUACUUCAAGUAGCUACAUUUAAAGGCUGGAUGGAUAUUAUGUAUGCAGCUAUUGACUCAAGAGAUGUAUUACAGCAACCGAAGUAUGAGGACAACUUGUAUAUGUACUUGUAUUUUGUCAUCUUUAUAAUUUUCGGGUCUUUUUUCACCCUGAAUUUGUUCAUUGGUGUCAUUAUUGACAACUUCAAUCAGCAAAAAAAGAAGUUUGGAGGUCAAGACAUAUUUAUGACAGAAGAGCAGAAGAAAUACUACAAUGCAAUGAAAAAGCUGGGAUCCAAAAAACCACAAAAACCUAUACCAAGACCAGGGAAUAAAUUCCAAGGCAUGGUCUUUGAUUUUGUGACACAGCAAGUAUUUGACAUAAGCAUCAUGAUUCUUAUUUGUCUUAACAUGGUUACCAUGAUGGUAGAAACAGAUGACCAGAGCGAAGAAAUGGAAAAUAUUUUAUACUGGAUAAACCUUGUGUUCAUUGUCCUUUUCACUGGAGAAUGUGUCCUGAAAUUAAUUUCACUUCGCCAUUACUACUUCACUAUAGGCUGGAACAUUUUUGAUUUUGUGGUUGUCAUUCUCUCUAUAGUAGGCAUGUUCUUAGCUGAGAUGAUUGAGAAGUACUUUGUGUCUCCCACACUAUUCAGAGUCAUCCGACUUGCCAGAAUUGGUCGAAUCCUGCGCCUCAUUAAAGGCGCCAAGGGAAUCCGCACUCUGCUUUUUGCUUUGAUGAUGUCUCUUCCUGCUUUGUUCAACAUUGGGCUGCUGCUCUUCCUGGUCAUGUUCAUCUACGCAAUAUUUGGCAUGUCCAACUUUGCCUAUGUCAAGAGGGAAGCUGGGAUUGAUGACAUGUUCAACUUUGAAACGUUUGGCAACAGCAUGAUCUGCCUGUUUCAGAUCACCACGUCCGCUGGCUGGGACGGUUUGCUCGCCCCAAUUCUGAACAGUGGGGAGCCAGACUGUGACCCUAACAAGGCUCAUCCAGGGAGCUCUGUGAAAGGUGACUGUGGUAACCCUUCUGUUGGGAUUUUCUUUUUUGUCAGCUACAUUAUCAUAUCCUUUCUGGUAGUGGUGAACAUGUACAUUGCUGUGAUUUUGGAGAACUUCGGUGUUGCUACUGAAGAAAGUGCUGAACCCUUGAGCGAGGAUGACUUUGAGAUGUUCUAUGAAGUCUGGGAGAAGUUUGAUCCCGAUGCAACACAAUUCAUGGAAUUUGAGAAAUUGUCUGAUUUUGCAGCAGCUCUUGACCCUCCUCUUCAUCUACCCAAACCCAACAAAGUCCAGCUUAUUGCAAUGGACCUGCCCAUGGUGAGCGGUGACAGAAUUCACUGCCUUGACAUCUUGUUUGCUUUCACAAAGCGUGUGUUGGGGGAAAGUGGGGAGAUGGACGCUCUCAGAAUACAGAUGGAAGAUCGGUUUAUGGCAUCCAACCCUUCUAAAGCUUCCUAUGAACCAAUUACAACCACACUGAAAAGAAAACAGGAGGAGGUGUCUGCUGUCAUCAUUCAGCGUGCUUACAGACGUCACCUUUUAAAACGAACAGUAAAACAAGCUUCCUUUAUCUAUAACAAAAAUAAAACUGAAGGUGGGGCUGGUCAGGGUAUGAAAGAUGAAAUCCUUAUUGACAAAUUAAAUGAAAACUCAUUUACAGAGAAAACAGAUAUAACAGCAUCAACAGCAGUUUGUCCACCCUCUUAUGAUCGUGUAAUGAGGCCAGUGAAAGAAAAGCAUGAAAAGGAAGAUAAAGAUGGUCAGAAAUAAGAGCAAAUAGCAAGCAAAAUAAUAUAAGUGCAAAGUAGUUCAUAGCCUGUGUUUGUGUCAACAGGACUCCUGAAGGAGGUCUAUGCCAAACUGACAAUUUUUACAAAUAUACUGUACAUUAAAGGUCAGUGCCUAUUAAAAGACAGUGACCCCUUGUCAGUGACUGUGACUGUGAUAAGAAGAAACAACCUUGACAGGAGGUUACUGUUCUCACUACCAGCUGACACUGCUGAAGAG